CAACCCCCACAAUCCCCCGCGCCCCAGGGAGGUGGGGGCUCCCGGCGCUCCCCUCCGCGCCUGCGCACUGCGCGCUGUUGUUGUGGCGGCGCGGCCCGGCCGGUAGCGAUGAGCGACAACGAUGACAUCGAGGUGGAGAGCGACGAGGAGCAGCCGAGGUUCCAGUCUGCGGCGGACAAACGCGCCCAUCACAACGCGCUGGAGCGCAAGCGCAGGGACCACAUCAAGGACAGCUUCCAUAGCCUGCGGGACUCGGUCCCAUCCCUGCAGGGGGAGAAGCAACAGGCAUCCCGGGCCCAAAUCCUGGACAAAGCCACAGAGUACAUCCAGUACAUGCGCCGGAAAAACCACACACACCAGCAGGACAUCGACGACCUCAAGCGCCAGAACGCGCUGCUGGAGCAGCAGGUGCGUGCGCUGGAGAAGGCUCGCUCCAGCGCUCAGCUCCAAGCCACCUACCCCUCGCCGGACAACAGCCUCUACACCAACCCCAAGGGCAGCUCCAUCUCCGCCUUCGAUGGUGGAUCCGAUUCCAGCUCCGACUCGGAGCCCGAGGAGCCUCAGAGCAGGAAGAAGCUGCGCAUGGAGGCCAGUUAGGGACCCCCCCCCAUGGCUGUGUGAGGACUCUCUCCCUUCUCUCCCAGAGGCUCUUGGACUGCAGCUUCCCAAAGCCCUUUCCCUGCUCUAACCGAUGGGAAGCGGCCAGGCAGGGCCCCAACAGACUUGGGGGGCAAGGGGGGGCUCCAAGGAGGUGUCCCCAUCACCCCCCCCCCAACAACCAGCGAGCCCCUCGUCCUCCUCCCUUCUGGUUUUGUAUGAGCAUUUGUAUUUAUACCCGGGACCACAGCAGUCCUGAGCUGAACUGGGGCUGUGCAGCCCCCCCCAGCCCCCCAAAAGGCCAGGCCCCACAUAGGGGAGCUGCUCCUGCCCCCCCAUCAGGCAAGCACUGGAAGGAAGGGGGGGGUCUCGCUAUUUAUUCUCUGCGUGUGCAAUUCCAGCUGCCCCCAAUGCAUUUGGGGGGGGGAUACACACACACACAACACCUGCACCCCCUCUUUCCACAGCACAGAGCCAGGCUGGGUGCUCUCUGUGUGCAUCCUGACCCCCCCUUCCUUUCCUCUGUCCCCCUAUCCCCCUCUAUGGCAUUCUCUGAUCUCGAGCAUCCCCUCCCUGCCCCAUAGGAACCCCCCCCACCCCAUAUCCCCCUUUUGAUGCCAAUUCAUUCCAUGGAUCUAAGGUAUGUUGUACAUACUGCCCACAGUUGUCUUGCAAGUUGAGGCUUCCCUUUACUAUAAGACUCUAAAGAAUAAAAUGGGACAAAAAACCC